AUGGCGAAGAAAAAGUCAAAGAAAUCCCAGCAGCCUCUGGCCGACGCACCACCGGCAAUCGACGACGACGAGCUUGUAGAUGAUCUUUUCGCCCAGCUUGACUCGCGCGAUGCCGCCGCGAAGCAAGAGUCAGCAGAACUUUUGAACGAAAUGCAGUCAGCCAAGAUUGAGGCAGAAGACACGAAACAGGACUCGAAAGCGCGAUUUAAUGCUCGUCAGGCUCGUAAGGCUGCUGCUCUUGCGGAAACAUUUUCCGCAACAGACUCAGCAGCUGAGGCGCGGUUGGAGAAGGAGGCCAAAGACGAGGAGAAAGACAUCAAUCGCGUUUGCGAUGAGCUGAAUGUGAAAAUACACGAGAUAAGUCCUGACGGACACUGUCUUUUCUCUGCCGUUGCCGAUCAACUCCAACUAUUAUCCAUUCUACCCUCUGCACAGGCGACCUACGCUAUCACUCGUGCUACAGCAGCUGCCUAUAUGUAUGCUCAUCCAGACGACUUCAUUCCCUUUUUACCAUCUGCCCACGAUGACGGAGGAGAGACUGCCUUCAUGUCACCCCGCGAAUUCCAAGGAUAUUGCGCGUCUAUACGUGACACUGCCAUUUGGGGAGGCGAGCCAGAAAUUUUGGCGUUAUGUCGGGCCUACAAAGUCCCAAUCCACGUGAUACAAGGUGGUCGACCGCCCAUUGUAGUCCACAAUCCCUCGACCGAGGAGCCCGGGAAAGAUCAGCCUGUGGUACGUAUUAGCUAUCACAGGAGAAUGUACGGACUGGGCGAGGUCAGUUUCCUUUGCUCCGAUCCUAUGACCUACUGA